CCACAUGGUCGGCUCGGCGAAUGUAUCGAUGCACCUAACCUUAAUGACUCGACUGUUUAUACACGGCAUGGGUUAUAUAUUUUAAAAAUCGGAACAGCAAAAUAACUAUGGCAAAAGUCGUCAAGAAAAAGAAAAUUUUAACGAGGGAGGAAUUAGAACAACUUGAUAAAACUGAACUGAUCGAUAGAAUAUUGCAACUCGAAGCUCAUAACUUGCAGUUAAAACAAAUUAUUGAAAAAAGAUUGGGCACUGCAGAAAAAAAAAAAGAAAAAGUUAGUUCGACAAAUAAAAAAUUUGACUUUGCAAAAUGUCAUAAGAGGCAUAUUUUUCUAAAGUUUUACUACUUGGGAUGGGAUUAUCAAGGGUUUGCUGCACAGGAAGACACAACAAGUACCAUAGAAUAUUAUCUAUUUGCAGCAUUAACUAAGAGCUGUUUAAUAGAAAGCAGGGAGACAUCGAAUUAUCAUCGCUGUGGUAGAACUGACAAAGGUGUGAGUGCAUUUUCACAAGUGAUUUCUCUGGACAUUAGAAGUCGACUUGAACCAGAAAAGCAGGACAACCUCUCAGAUGAAUUGCACUACUGUAAAAUGUUGAAUAGACUUCUUCCAAAGAAUAUUCGAUGCUUCUCUUGGUCUCCUGCUCAUCCUGAGAUGUCCGCCAGGUUCGACUGCAAAUUCAGGAGUUACAAGUACUUUUUUCCAAGAGGAAACUUAAAUAUUGAAGCUAUGGACAAGGCUGCAAAAUUAACAGUAGGCAGUCAUGACUUUAGGAACUUAUGUAAAAUGGAUGUGGCGAAUGGUGUGGUCAAUUUUUUUAGGAAUAUUGUUAACGCACAAGUUACUUGCAUAAAAAGAGAGGAUCCAGAAAAAAUAUCAGGAUAUGAUAUGUGUGAAUUAAGCAUAAAGAGUAAUGCUUUCCUUUGGCAUCAGAUUCGUUGCAUUAUGGGAAUCUUACUACUUGUUGGUCGGGAGCAAGAAAAACCAGAAGUCAUUACUGAUCUUUUAGAUGUUGAAAAGUGCCCUAGAAAACCUCAAUAUAAUUUGGGACACUACAUUCCAUUGAAUCUUUUUUAUUGUGAGUACGAUGGUACGAAUUGGUACACAGACAAAGAAGAGCUGCAGAGGGUAAUCAAAGAUCUGCAAGAAGAGUGGACUUAUGCUGCAAUCAAAUGCAGCAUGACAAGAAAUAUGUUAAAAGAUUUGGAGGCAUUCUUUGAUGAUGAAACUAGUCAUUUGAAUCAACAAAGCGAUUGUCUGUUGCAAGGAGUUGAGGCCAAAGUUUACAAACCCCUGAUGCAACGAGACACGUGUGAGAGUCUCGAAGACCGCAUCGAACACUACACAAAAAAGCGCAGACUGGAAAAAAUGAGCUGAUAAUCGAAAAGCCUUUCUUUCAAUAUCCGGCAUAAUACACGCGCCAGACAAUUCAGCAAAAAAGACAUUCGAAGCUUUUGUUUCGAAAUGAGCGCGCAAAAAGCUGCGCUUCCUCAACUUUGUACCGGCUUUAUCGGCUCCGAUGCAAACAUUCUCCUCCUCUAUAUGUGUAUAGACACAAAGAGUUAGGUGUGUGUUGCGAAAAUUCCCGCGACUCACGUUGGCGAGACGUUAUUAUCUGCGCGGCGGAGUUCAAGAGCUUUCAAGUGUGCUUAUGAGGAGAAGUUGCGAAAGGCGGCAGUUUGGAAGACGUUUUUGCUCGGGGACAGCUCUGAUCGACUGCAGCCGCUCAAAGGUGACUUUCUUCAUAGGUCUUUCGUAAGAGAGGGAGAGAGGAUUGGGAAUCUCUUCGAAGCGGAUUGAGAUUUUCAUAUUCUCGAGAGUGAUAUAUAAAUUAUAUUUUGCAUUUCACAAAUUCCGCACAAGGUUGCUAUGAUAAAAUUGAGGAUUUUAUUGACAUGGCAGCAUAUAACUAUGCCUUUUUUUAACUGUAAGACAAUGUUGUAUAUUGGUUUAUAAUAUAUUGUCAUUUCUAUUUUAGUUUAUUAAAUGUUAUUGUACAUAUUCUACAAUUGUUUGGCAGAUUUCAUUAACAUAUACAUUUGAAACCACUUAAGGCCGAUUAUUUUUCAAAACAUGUAGACACGCGGGGACGACUCUCUCCAAACGGGUUGCGAAGAUGAAAUACAUGUUAUUGUAUGGUGCACUUGGAAAAAAUGCAAAUUAUUCGAUUUGCACUUGGAUCAAAAUUGCAUUUUGUUCUAAUUCAAGUUUUUUUUUUUCAAAAUUUUGAAAUAAUUUUUCCUUGCAGACCGCCCAAAGUGUCAUAUAGGUAUCCCAAACUAUCUAGACAUCCGCUCAAUCUGCACAAUGCACAUUGACAAGUAUGAAUCUAUGAUAGUCGAUAAUUUAAAAAUAGACAUGUAUAGGAAUUUAUCGAGCUUUUAGUGAUCGUUAAGUAUAUGGAGAACAGUUUUGGACUGGCUUUAUAAUAUAGUCUACUUCUUACUCAUCUUUAACUUUCUGACGAGCGACGCUAGGUGUCGUAUAGGCACUUUUUCCUUUCUCUUAUCAGAGUUUGCGCUUCGAGUCUAGAUAUAGUGGUGUGCUGCCUAUGCCAAAUCAGCCUUGUUGGCCCUGCUGCUUGGGCUGCUCACGCUGUAACUGCGCAGAUCAAUUUUUUUAUUCUCUAACAAAUAAGUUAUCGCGUACUUCCUGUUAACCAUGCACGAUCCACAUUACAUUACAAGUGAAUCAAAGUAAUGUGUAUUCGAAGCGAAAGCGAAAGCUUAAUUAAUCUUUUACGAUGCGCAAACGCGCAUUCGCUUGUAAAAGUCGUGUUUGUGCAUUUAUUUUAAUUUUUAUCCGUGGUUCAUUUGGCGCAAGUACGAUGCGUCAACGCAUAAUAAUCGAAGGAAUUAUCAGUAUGCCAGAUUUUCCACGCUUUGAUUAUUAUUUCACGAGCGAAUGAGACUCGAGUACAGGAUUUUCAUGAUAAUAUGCAAAUUUAAACGUGGAUUAAUUAUAAAUAUGUGGUUUCGAUAAAAAAAUUCGCUACUAACAAAGAUGUAUAAACUCGGAUGUAAAAA